AAAAGACUAUGUCCUAAAACACACAUAGCUACCAUAUCCUUCAAGAGAAAUAGGUGUGCAUAUGUUUCUAUUUUUAUUUGUCAAUUUCCAAUGGAGGAAAUCAAGGAUGGUUAUCCUUCUUCUACAUCAUCACCUCCAACACCUCCCUCACCUCUUCCCAUUAGUGUAGGACCAGGCAACCAAAAAUACAACUUUUCUCCAUCACCAUCUGCUUCGCCACCAUUCUCGCCACAACCUUCAAGCCACACAUCAGCUGAGAAACUCCCUCUUUUGCAUGAAAGAUUGCUUAGUCCUACAGUGCCAUUGGCAUUCUCAUUGGAUCGUCAACGAAAGCCGGAGGAUUUGGAUUCUAGGAGCUCUUGCCUUAAAGACUUAUUAGAAUGGUUUAUACAGAAGUGCUGCACUUGCUGUUCCAGAAUUCUCUGAAUUUUACAAACGCAACACAAUUUUGCUGAAAAUCUGGAAGCAGUCAACAAUGCAGAGCUCCUCCCUAAGAUUAUAGAGCAGUGACUUCACCUCAUUGCUAACAUAUCUUCUAACCCAUUACAAGUCAUGUAUUGUUUCUUUUUCGUUCUGUUUUUGUCUUUGGACAGACCUCAAAUGAUUCUAUCACAAUUUUUGGGGAUCUCUGCCACCUGAACUAUAGCUAGCACAAGUCGAUGGGUGAAGAAAUUCUUGAAACACCCCAGUUUAAACAUUA